AACCGGGAGGAGAGGUAUUCCGCUAUAUCUUCCAUAUGGACACCAAUACUGACACUAACAUUGACUUUAAUACUAAACCCUAUUCCGAAAUAUUGGCCAACGAUUUGUUCGCUAAUAUUAUCAAAGGGGGAAAAGUGGGAACUUAUCGACACUUAAAACUUCCCAAAGAUUACGACAAAUGCCUAUCAAAUGAUUAUUAUCUAAAUGAUAUCAUGCAUGCAACCGGUCGUGUUCCAAUGGGACCGGAAAAGCUAUACCCCGAUUGUUUAUUUGGUUUUGAAUACGUGGGCCGUAGGGCUGACACCGGGCAACGGGUAAUGGGACUGGAGUUCGGGCGCAUGUUUUGCACGUCAGCCAACGUAGCGAACAAUUAUAUGACUGCUAUUCCCGAGCACUGGUCAAUGGCAGAGGCGGUGACUGUAUUGACCACAUAUAGUACUGUACACUACGGGCUCAUCAAAAGGGCAAAUCUUAGAAAAGGCGAAAGUGUUUUGAUUCAUUCGGCGGCGGGAGGUGUGGGUCAAACGGCUAUCAAUGUUUGUAAACACUAUGAAUGCGAUAUCUAUGCGACGGUCGGCUCCGAAGAGAAGAAACAGUUUUUGAUUAAUGAAUACAAUAUUCCGGAGAAACGGAUAUUCAGUUCAAGAGAUAUACUCUUCAAGAAUGAGAUAAUGGAUGCGACGGACGGACAGGGAGUGGAUGUUGUGCUCAAUUCACUGACGGGUGAGAAACUGAGGGCCGGUUUAGAGUGUCUGGCGAUUAGCGGACGUUUCGUAGAGAUAGGAAAGUAUGACAUGUUUUACAAGAAUCAGUUGGCAAUCAAUGACUCCAUUCGUGACAUACAAUUCAUAAGAGUAUUCUUGGAUUACGUUAUUAUGAAUGAUAUCCACUAUUUGAACGAGUUUUACGAUUGGAUGCAUAAGAACUGUACGAAUGGUUGCGUAAAACCAUUGAAUUAUACAGUGUUUGAGGCCAAGGAUUGCGACAAAGCGUUUCGUUAUAUGACAAGCGGUGAACACAUCGGGAAAGUCAUUGUAAAGAUGAGGGACGAGGAAAGUGAAAGAACUGCCCUUACAUUCAUUAAACCGGUUCCCAAACUAUUAGUUUCGGUUAAGACUUAUUUCAAUGCAAACAAAGUCUAUAUAAUAACCGGA